ACUUAACUGUGCCAAAAAAUAAUACAGAUGAAACAAUUGUGGCAACCAGUUUUCAUGUUUCACAAUUUUGUAGAGAGUUAGCAGAAGCUAAGAUUGAUCUUGUAGAUGUAAUUAUGAUGUUGAGUAUGAGACCUGCUGAAGUUGCUACUCUUUGUAUUAUCCAUUAUGAACCCAAAGCAAAAAAUAAUCCUGAACCUCAGCAAUUUCUAUCUAUAGAAAAGAAUUUAGAAUAUGCAAAAGAAUUGCUUACCUGGAUCCAAGAUGCAAUAGCAACUAGAAAAUUACACAAUCCUAUCUAUAGUAUUAAUAGAAAACACAGUACAAGAGUAUUUAAUAAAUUUUUAAAAUCAUAUUUUAUUACAGCCAAAAGAUUAAGAAAAAUUGAAGCUAAACAUGUUUCUAAAAUUCAUAAGUGA